UGCUCCGGGGCUGCGAUGAGAUAGAGCCGGCGGCGGAGCGAGGAGCCCCGCGGAGGAGGGCGGGGGGCGGCGGAGAGCGACGCGACCCCCGGCCGCCCGCGGGUCGUAUGUUCAGGUCCAAACGCUCAGGGCUGGUGCGGCGACUUUGGAGGAGCCGCGUCAUUCCGGACAGGGACGGCGGAGAUGGGAGCGGCGAGGCGGCGCCGCGCGGGGACCCCAUGGCGGAGCGGCGCGGGGCCCGGCUCCGAGCUCCCGGCUCCGCAACGGAGAGCGACGGCCGGACCGUGACCUGCUGCCUCUUCUCGGAGCGGGAGCCGGGCGGCCCCCAGCCUCCCCCCGCCGCCGCCCCCGGACCCGACGGCGCGGCCGACGGCGGCUCCCCGGAGCGGCGGGGCCGGGAGGCGCGGGCGCGGCUGCUGGUGCUGGAGCAGGAGCUGAAGGCCGUCACCUACUCGCUGCUGAAGCGGCUGAAGGAGCGCUCGCUGGACAGCCUGCUGGAGGCGGUGGAGUCCCGCGGGGGGAUGCCCGGCGGCUGCGUCCUCGUGGCCCGCACCGAGGUGCGCCUGGGGGGCCUGGCGGCGCCCCCGCACCUCCUCCUGGGCAAAUUGUUCCGCUGGCCCGACCUGCAGCACCCCGCCGAGCUGAAGCCCCUCUGCGAGUGCCAGAGCUUCGGCGUCGCCGACGGACCCACGGUCUGCUGCAACCCCUACCACUUCAGCCGCCUCUGUGGGCCAGAGUCUCCACCACCUCCCUACUCUCGGCUGUCUCCUAAUGAUGAGCAAAAGCCACUGGAUCUAUCAGAUUCCACGUUGUCUUACACUGAAACAGAGGCUACAAACUCUCCCAACGUCACGCCCGGAGAUUUCUCAGACGCCAGCACGUCGCCCGAUGCCGUGAAGAGGAGCCAUUGGUGCAACGUGGCCUACUGGGAGCACCGGACGCGCGUGGGCCGCCUCUACACAGUGUACGAACAGUCUGUCAGUAUCUUCUACGACCUACCUCAAGGAAACGGCUUCUGCCUCGGACAGCUAAACCUGGACAACAGGAGCGAGACUGUGAGAAGGACUCGAAGUAAAAUCGGCUACGGGAUUUUACUGAGCAAGGAACCGGACGGGGUGUGGGCCUACAACCGCAGCGAGCAUCCCAUCUUCGUCAACUCCCCGACACUGGACAUCCCCAACUGUAGGACUCUGAUCGUGCGCAAGGUGAUGCCGGGCUACUCCAUCAAGGUGUUUGACUACGAGAGGUCCUGCCUGCUGCAGCACACGGCCGAGCUGGAUUAUGCAGACGGGCCCUACGACCCCAACAGCGUCCGGAUCAGCUUCGCCAAGGGCUGGGGGCCGUGUUACUCCAGACAGUUCAUCACGUCGUGUCCUUGUUGGCUGGAGAUCUUACUCAGCAACAACCGAUAACGCCUCUGGCGAAAGGAAAACAACAACAAAAC